AUGGAGAUGGUGAAAGCUCAGCCGAUGGAGACCCACAAAGGUUCAGGUGACUUGCUGCCCACGGAGGACUAUGCGUUUCACCUGGACAUGUCGAACUUUGUACGCGGGGCAGUGCAAAAUCAGCUGGAAGCCAUGAAGGUGCUGGAGGUGGACACUGCCAUCGUCCGAGGCAUCUCGGUGGCGAACAGCUUGCGCGCGAGCGGACGGCUCUGGCAGAAGUCGCCGGUGGACAUGGACGAACGUGCCAAAUCGAAGUUGUGGGAAAAGUCGGAGCCCGUAGAUCGCUUCGACGUGUUCUUCUCCCACACCUGGAGAACACCCGGCCGAUGGAAGGUGCUUUCUCUCCUCUUCCAGUAUGGCUGGCCCUUCACGCUUACCUGCUGGGCUUGCGUGGCCUCAUUCGUCUUCGUCCUGGGGGCAUUCGGCUGGCUACCGACGCCCUUGACUUUCCGCGGGGAUGUUCUGGGCUUCCAAAAGAUCUGCCCUCUCGCUCCGUGGGUCUAUCUCUCCGGAGUUUUCACAGCUGUGCUUUCGCUCUUCCUGUCGCCGUACUGGCUCUUCUUCUGCCACUCACCGAAGUGCUUCCUGGAUGUGGUCAGCAUCAACCAGGUGGAUCCGGAUCUGAUGGAGCGGGGCAUCUACGGCCUAGGUGGCUUUCUGAGUAUUUCGAACCAGCUGCGUGUGUUGUGGUCGCCACCAUAUUUGUCUCGACUAUGGUGCGUCUUUGAACUUGCCGCUUUUCGCAAAGCUAACCCUGACGGUUCGCUGCUCGUGAAGCCGCUCUUUGUAGAGCGUCAGGCCUUCCUGCUGAUGUUGGGCAGCUAUCUUGGGGGUGGCAUCUUCUGCUUUGUGUUUGCUGUGCGUUUGGGCUUGAGGUUCAGCCUUCCAGUGACCAUGUUGACAGUGGCACCCAUGCUCUUUAUCGUGCACACCAACCGCAAGUUUAUGAGGGAGAAACAUGAGCUUAUCGCGGUUCUGGAGAGCUUCAAAGUGGAGGCUGCGGAGUGCCGACUGCAAUCAGAUAGAGAGUUCGUGCUGUCGGCCAUCGCUGCCUGGUAUGGCAGCGUUGAAAACUUCACGGACUACGUCCGUGGACCGCUGCGCGAGGAACUACUCGCGAUGUCUGCAACUGACCUUCCGCUGGGCUAUGCGCUGAUGAUAAUUCUUGGGCCUGUCGGGGUGGCACUGGACGUGGUGCUGGCCUUCAUUCGAGGAGGCGCGCCCCUACCAGCCUUGGCUUCGGAGUUCGUCGGCUCGACAUUGGGCUGGGUCGUCUUCUGGCUCCUGCUUUGCAUCAAGGUGAUGUGGUGGCUUUGCGACAGAUUCGCCGCUCCACGGUCAUCGAAGCUGCUGGACUACUUGCUGAGCCUCGCGAUUUUUCUUGCAUUCUUCGUCUUCUUCUUUGCGGGUUCAGUGAUUUCUGACAUGCUGUACACCACCACCUUGUUGGGCGGCGUGUGUUUCGCCAUUUUCACCUUGCUGCUAGUGGUGCUUGUGUAUGGCAAGGGCUGGCCGUGCCGGUCGCGGCCGUGA